GUGAUUUCAAGCGCAAUGAAACUUUUGGUUUUAUCGUUUAUAUGUGUCGUCGUGCCUUGCGUGUUUGCACAGAUACCAGAGCAGAAUAAAUUGAGGUGUCGCUUAUGCAACAAUGCCAGGACAUUAAGAGACUGUUCCACGAUAACCAUUUGUGACAAUCGAACAGAGGAAUGCUAUAUGGAUGAAGUGAUUACCUCGACCUAUGAGAUUGUCUACAGAGGCGGAUGCCGUGCAAUAAACCGCUGUUCAGCUUCAUCGACGGUCAUUGGAAAACGACAGGGUGAUUUGAUCUCAUGCUCGGAAUGUUGCAGAAGUGAACAUGACUGCAAUUCUAAGAUGUGCGGUAUAGACAACACCAUACCUGCUAUAAAAUAUAAUCAAUGCUACUUCUGUGACUCGGCACACCCAGACCAAGGAGACGUUACUGAUCCAAACGACUGCAUUACUCAAACAACAUGCGAUGUAGACCAGGUUUGUUUUGGGCAAAACAAGUUCCAUCCAGGGCAACCUACGAGCUUCAGAUACGGAUGUUUCAACUUGGAGGUAAAGCCGAAUACGUGUGGCUACCCCGAAAAGUAG